CGGAGCUACCCGUGGUGUCAGACUGUUGUUUUCAUCAGGGAAGUGAAGGAUGAUUUAUUUCCUAGUUCUCUUUCUCACCCUGGUGCUGGUGGCCUGUGGGAGCCUCCUCCUUUUAACUAGGCGAAGGAAGGGCAGAUCUGUGGAGGGCUGGGGAGCCAGGCUACGACGCUGGCGACUUUUGCGACUCUUGUCUCAACAGAAGCAGUUCCAGAUUCUAGAGACAGAGACAAAGAAUGCCUGGGAUAUUCAGGAGAAUUUCCUGCAGGAAAUACUGAGGCAGUUCCAUGACACAGAAUAUGGACGGAAACACCACUUUAAAGACAUGACAGAUGUCUCUUCCUUUCGGAAGCUCCACCCUCUCACCAACUCCAGCCACUACAAGGACCAUAUCGAGAGAAUAUCAAAGGGUGAGGAGAAUAUCUUGGCACCAGGAAAACCCAUUGCCCUUGUGGCAACAGCUGGUACUUCUGGGAUUCCCACCACAGUGCCUGUCACAGCAAAUAGUGCCAUACAACGUUUUCUGCAGGGCACAGCUCUGGGUCUGGAGCUUAUUUACUACCAUCUGCCUGGAGCUUUGGAGAAGGUAGUCAAGUUUUCAUGCGCUACAACCUUUCGCCUCUCUGAGGGAGGAAGCCCAGUAGGUCCAUACCCUCCUGCUCCCUCAUCCAAGUUUCUGAAGCACUUGUACCCCCCUGCACCACCUGUCCAUGCAACUGUGUCCCAUAAUGACUUGCUGUACACACAGCUACUCUUUGCCCUGAGGGACCCAGAUGUGAGUGCACUGGAGGCCAACUUUUCCUGGCUUCUUGGCAAUGUCUUUUCUCUUCUGGAGACCCACUGGGAAUCUCUAAUCUUGGAUAUCCAGUUGGGGCUUCUAUGUCCUGAUUUGCAGCUUCCUGGAGACACCAGAAGACAGAUUGAAGAGAUGCUUGUACCUGACUCCCAGAGAGCUGCUGAGCUUCAGUUGCAGUUUGAGAGGGGUUUUCGUGGAAUUGCCAAGAGAGUGUGGCCAAAGCUGCAAGUAAUUAUAGCAGUUGGAGCAGGUGCCAGUGAGCUUGAUGCCAAGAUUUUGAAAGAUGUGACUUGCCAGGGGAUCCCUCUUUACUCUCCAAUGUAUUGUGCAGCAGAAGGGCUUAUUGGAGUCAACCUUUGGCCAAAGAAUCCAGCACCCCGUUAUGUGCUGUGCCCUCGCUCUGUAUUCUUUGAGUUCAUACCAGUAGGAGCCAAAGAAGAUGAAAAGCAAGAGACAUUUUUACUGAAAGAUGUGAUUGAGGGUGAAGCCUAUGAGUUGGUUAUAACAAACAAUGAUGGAUUCAUUAGGUACCGACUGGGGGAUGUUGUGCGAGUUACAGGCUUCCAUAACCAGUGUCCGAUAGUGGAAUUCCUAUACAGGAAGAGCCAGACUUUGAGUGUCCGAGGCGAAUGCAUUUCAGAAGAUGAUUUCUAUAGAACACUUUGCUACACUGUGAGUCAGUGGCCAGGAGCAAACCUGCUGAACUACUGCUGUGCAGAGAAUGGGAUUCUUGGUGUGUUGUCAGGGGGCUCAGACCCCCACUAUGAGGUGUUUCUUGCAUUGAAGGGUGUGAGAGACCUGUCAGAAGAACAGAGAUAUAAGUUGGAUCAAGCUCUCCAAGAACAUUUCCCUGUGUACAAAUCAUUCCGAUUUAAAGGGAGCAUUGGUCCUGUUCGUGUGCAUCUGGUUCACCCUCAGUCCUUCUUCAGUCUCCAGUGCCUAGCUUCUUCUAUCUCUGGAGCCCCCUUGGACUGCAUGCAGCCCAGCCGGACCCUGAGAUACAGAGAACUGGCUGAGAGCAUCCGGAAACAGGUUUUCUCCUGAGGUUCCUUAGAUUGCAACGUGGUACUUGAGCCAUCAUAACCAACUUACCACAGAUGUGCCGCCCUAUGAGACAGACCAAAUGCCUUGAACCUAUUGUUCUUUCUUAGUUAUCAGGGCAACAUGUAACAGAUUUAUUUUAUGUUGUCUAAUUACAGACUCACUGACACCCAUCAACCGACACUUAAAGAUGCACAAGUGAAGAUAGUUAGAGGCACCCAACUGGGCACCCAUACUAAUUGAACAUGUAUGUACUGCACCUGUCUUCUCACAGGCAUAUAUGGAGCUCACAAUAAUACACGGAAAUUAUAUCAGACAAACACGUCAAUAUGUUUAUAAUUGUAGACACACACAGUUACAUGUAUACUACAUGACACCAUAUGCUCAAAGACACCUUGCAACCUUGUGCACAGCUACAUCUCCACAAUCACACAUUGGGUUUAGAUGAGGUCCAGGCGUAUAACAGUAAGUUAUAAGAACAAGCUAUUUUGGGGUAAUUGUGCUCUUAUUAAGAGUAUUGUGUGAUGUUUAGUCUGUAAAUAGCUAAGUUUAACAACAAAGUAUUUAGAAGAGACAUUAUUUAAGGUAACAUUGCUUGUAAGACUAUGAACAAAGUUUUAUUUUUAAGCACCCAGUAUGUAAUUGACUCUAUCACAACAUAUGUGUUUCUGCCUAUUCUUUAAACAGCUGUGCAUUAACUAUAAACCUAACAAAACGUCAGUCAGCUAUGCUCAAAGAAACAGCAAACUGAAGGGUUAAAAUCUACAACCAUACUACAAUCUAACCUAUCCAAAAAUGUUUAUUUCUUCCUAUAAAAUCAUUUGUAUAUUAUUUUUGUAAUGGUAUAAUAUUCUAGAAAAGGUUUGCUUGUAUAUUUGUUGUAUAUGAGCAUGAAAUAAAUUUUAAAUUUGCUCUUCCAAUGAGUGAUUUAAUAUGCUUUAAAUGAAA